UGACGACAUUAAGUGAGAGGUGUCUGCACACCUACUGGGUGAUUUGAAUACCACAAAGGCCCACCCAUUGUACAAAACAAAAACUGUCAUUGAGUUAUAAUAUAGUUUAGAAGGCACGUUAUAUAGGCUACACGUAAAUCCUGAUUCUUAUGCUUCAACUCCUGGAGAAAGUGUACAUAUAGCUCAACAUGCUCGGAGUUAAUAACAUUAAGAGCUCAUUUAAUUGAUAGAAGUGAGCUCUGAGGGGCUCCACUGCAGGGUUAUGACUCAUUUAGCUUCAAACAUUCAUAAUUGAGUGGAAACUACUAAAAAACCCUGAGAAACUGUUAUUGUAGACAUGUAGGUGUCUAAAAAGGGUCUUUUGAAAGGCAUCAUAAGCCAUCUCUGGUGUUACUGUUUUGAAUCAUCUCAGUACUGAAACAUAUAUGUAUUAGUCGUGUUGUGAGUAAAUGUUAAAAAUGAUUGGAGCAAGUAGGUGCGUUGAAAUAAUAAUACAUUUUGUGACAGUUUCGGUAGAAUCCAAACUAUUUGGGCAAGAAGAAUACAGUAUAUCUGUAUAUUUCUGUCAUUUUCUUCAACAGAAAAUUGAUUUUGUCGCUUGUUCUUUUAAAAAAAAAAUCUUAUUUUAUUUGUCUUCCUUUAUUUAGUUGACACAAAUAUGACACAAUUAUUUCGUAGAAAAUAGUUUUAGUUUCCUGUUGACUUUUUUUUGUUCUCAGGUUAAGUAUUGCAUAUUCAUAGCAGCAGUGUGGAUGUGGUGGGAAGGCACCACACAGACACCGCUUAGAAGGUCUGAAACCACAUCCUUAGUCACGCCACUGAUGAUGAUGAUGCCUUCGCAGUGACAAACCGGAACAUUGUUCCACUGAGCGUUCUCACACAGACGUCAGUGCAUUAGUGACUUUGUUGGCUUGUUGACUGAUUAAGUGGCAGCAUUUAAACAAAAUAAAAAAGUUUCAGCUGCUGUGGUUCCUUUUGUCUCACCUGCGGCUGAUAACUGGGUUGUUCCCAUGGCUCUCAGACCUGUGUUCUUAUUGUUGCUGUGGUACCUCACUUUGUCUGUUCAUAGAGUCACGUCUUUGUGCAAUGUCACCUGCUCGACGGACUACGAGACUUUACUGAACUGUUCCUGCUCAGGCUCUCUACUGACCUAUUCAUAUUCGGUCGAAGUCAUUUGCAGGGAUGAAGAACUUGAGGUUAAUGGCAGCUGUGAAGUCAAACCACCUCAAUCCUGGUGCAUGAUGUAUCCUGAAAAGCUUGAUGAAGUUGCAGGCGUUGAAACCAUAUGCACUGCGACAGUCAGUCAAGUAUUGAUGAAUACCAGUGAGACAUCCAGCUGGUCACUGUGUAAUGUGGUGAAGCCUCUGCCUCCUGUCGAUGUUAAGGUGACAAACACUGACGAAUUCUACAACAUCACUUGGGACCACACCAACAAAAAAGACUGUCUCACAUACGGAGUGCGUGUAAGAGAAAGCAAAGACUUGUCAAAGGCUCCAGCUCUUUCCCAUUCAGUGACAGUGAAGUACUUUAUGAUAGACCAUAAGAACCUCCAACCACAUGUCAACUAUACUGUGGAUGUUCAGGCCAAAUUGUGCCCUAGGAAUCUCUAUGUUGGUCCAUGGAGCGAGUGGAGUUCCACUGCAGGAUGGAGGACUAGAGGAACUUCUGCUGAAAUUGAAGGAAUGAAUGGCUGCUGGUGGUACAUCUUCCUAUCCGUUGUUCUUGUUCUUGUUCUCCUGUUGCUGGGUUAUUCACAAAAACCGUGGUGGCAGAAAAAACUCCGACGGAUUAUAUACAUCCCCAGGCCAGAUGAGUUUUUCAAGCCCCUCGACCUCAACUAUGGAGGGAACUUCAAGGAGUGGGUGAAGCCUGUAUUCAGCGAGUACGAUUACCUAAAGGUCAACUCACGUGCUGAGAUGAUAAGCAAGAAGCAGCACGACGUCCUUCAAUGGAACGACGAGAAACAAAGCUACAGCAAGGACAACGAGAUGAAACAAAGUGGUCAUUUAAUCCACAUGCUGCAGCCUCACAGCAACUCACUGCUGUUCUUCCACGACGGUGGCAGUUCCCAGGGCACCGGUCACUCCACCGGACACGUCUCCAUCCAUACUGUGACUCUGUCUGGAGAAGAAGAGUUUGAGGAGGAAGUUGUGUCACAGAGCUCUGCACACACCCUCAGAAGUUACCAAGAUGGAGAAAGCUUUGGUUCAUAUGCGGAAGACAACAGAGAACACGCUGGCUAUGACUUGGAGGAACCUCAUAGGCAAAGUGGGCUAUUACCACAUAACCAAAUAUCGAAUGACUUAUCAGUGGAAAAUAUAAACUUUCAGCCACAUGCCCAGCUUAAUGAACCAGAGAGGGUAUCACUUGACUCGUUCGCUUUAAACGAGCAGUCAGAAGAUGGCUACCCUCACGUAGACUUGGACACUAUUGACAGUGGUUUUGGAGAGUGCAGCAGCCCUGGAGCCUCAGAUUCAAACAUAGCACAGCAGAUGGACUCUAAUUUAUUUCAUGAGCACACAAGCUCAAAUUCUAACUACGUCAAACAGUGGAUGAUAUGUAGCACUAUUCAAGAAGACUGUAGCACCUCAGAGAACGAACUCAACGAAACAUAGUGAUUAGCGCUGCUGAUUAGCUGCCACAAUCACAGUUUGCAGUGCUGUGGGACACAUAUUUAACAAAUGGACAUUAUUGUUGACAUUUUAAGAGAAUACACUUUGAUUCAAAGUAAAUUGGAAGUAUCUGCUCAGCAUAUAUUCCUGUAAAUCUUGAAAUGUUAGUUGUGCACUUUGUACUAUAUAAAUGUAAAUAGUCUGGUUUCUUUGUUUUUUGUGUUUUUUUGCUUUUGAAAUACAGUUCAAAGAGGCAGAUAUUUUGUUGGCGAGAGAGACAGGAAUGACUGAUUAUUGAUCAUUUAAAGACAGAAAAAAGAAAUAGAAUUACAAUUCACAAAUGUAAUCUUUUUAUGAUUUGCCUAAUUUGAAUGGAACAUUUAAUUAAUCAAGUUAUAUUUUGCUUUUUACAAUAUAUCUAUUUAUACUCUCACAAAGCACUGACAAAGUCAAUUAUUAUUGGACACUCCAGACGCCAUAGACAUGCAACAAGGGAUACAAAUGUUGCAUAUUGCUUUGAUUUAUACUGCUAAGGGAUGUUUUUUUUUGCCAUGUGUUACUGUAUUCAGCGUAAUUUUCUCAUGGAUAUGCACGCUUCUUGCUUGUACUGUAGCACCAGCAUGCAUGCUGCCUUAUCAUGAUGUCUGAUAACGUCUGCUGUCCUUGCACAUACAUUUUCUGAGUAACCGCUGUAACCAUCUAUGCGUUUUUUUUUUUGCAAUGUCAGUAAAAUAGCAAACUUAGAACAAAUUGUUAUCACCUGUACACAAGAAAAUAAUUGAGAAACAAAAGCUUUUACCUCUUUUACCUUCAGUUAUAUAGAGAAUGUUGGGGGAGUAUAUUUGUCUUUUUUUUUUUUUUUACCAAAUUGCUUGUUUCACAUUUAUAUAGGUUACUGUGCAUAAACAAAGUUCUGUGGGAGUGCAGUAUUUUACCAUUCUACUGGGAAAAACAAACACUGACAACAAUACAUAUUUUUUUGUGUUAUGCUUUUCUGGGCCCAUGCUGGUUCAUUUUGCUAUUCUAGUGCAACUGUAGUUAUGACAUAGCAUCCUGAUAUUAAAUUAAUUCACAGUU